AUGUCCUCCAGUCAGGUGUCUCUGUUGCUGUGGAAGAACUGGAUACUCAGGAAGAGACAGAAGCUCCGUCUCCUCGUGGAACUUGUAUGGCCUCUCUCUCUUUUCCUGGUUUUGGUUUGGCUGCGGAAAGCAAAUCCACUCUACCAACAGCAUGAGUGCCAUUUUCCUAAUAAAGCGAUGCCCUCUGCAGGAAUGUUGCCAUGGUUACAGGGAAUUUUCUGUAACAUGAACAACCCUUGCUUCCGCUACCCUACCCUUGGGGAAUCUCCUGGUGUGGUUUCCAACUACAAAAACUCCAUAUUGGCACGACUGUACACAGAUGCUCAGGAGUUGUUGUUUGAUGAACCUAAGAUCUAUCAGUUGCGAAAAAUCUGGAAGGAUGUAUACUUUUUAUCGGAAUUAAUGGAUUCACUUAGAACCAAUCCAAGAAAAUUUGCAGGGAGAGGUGUUCGAAUUAAAGAUAUUCUCAAGGAAGAUGAAACCCUGACUGCAUUUCUACUCAAGGAUAUCAUGCUCUCGGACUCGAUUGUUUAUCAGCUGAUCAAUGCUCAAGUCCGGGCUGAGCAGUUUGCUUAUGGAGUUCCAGAUUUAGCCCUGAAAGACAUAGCUUGCAGCCAGACACUUUUGGAUCGUUUCAUCAUUUUCUCAAAUCGCCGAGGUCUGCACACUGUUCUGAAUGGAAUGUGUGUUCUGUCUCAACAACGGCUUCAGAGAGUAGAGGACAAGCUUUACGACAAUGUGGAUUUCUUCAAACUCUUCAAUGCGCUUCCAAAAGUCCUGGACAGAAAAUCAUCUGGAAUAGAUUUACAUUUUUGGAUGGAAAUUCUGAACGAGGCAUCACCAAUAUUACAAGAGUUUACCAAUAAGGAGAGUGUUCAGAAUCUGAUCCCAGUGCUUCAUCCACUCUUUCGGGACGGUGGCCCAAGUUCAUUCAGUCAACUAACAGAUUUAAUAUCGAAUUUAAUCUGUGGUUAUCCUGAAGGAGGAGGCUCGAGAGUCUUUUCUUUCAACUGGUAUGAAGACAACAACUACAAGGCUUUCCUGGGAAUAAACGAUACUACGAAACAGUCAAAGUAUAUAUAUGAUCCCACAACCACUCCUUUCUGCAAUGCAAUUAGUCAAAAUAUGGAGUCCAAUCCUGCAACGAAGAUCAUCUGGAAUGUGAUGAAACCCCUGCUCAUGGGAAAGGUUCUGUUUGCUCCCGAUUCCCCUGCGGUACGGCAACUGAUAAAAAAAGCAAAUGGCACCUUUGAGGAGCUACACAGACUGAAGCAAAUGGGAAAGGCCUGGCAGGAAAUCAGGACUCAACUCUGGAAGUUCUUCCAAGACGGUGUACAAAUGAACAUGAUUCGAGACACAUUAAAAAACCCCACUGUGGCAUUUUUCCUAGACCUUCAGCUGGAGGAUUUGGCAUUGAGCACCAGCGACAUCUUAAACUUCUUGUACAAUGGUCCCUCGGCUCUUCGACCAGAAGAAAAGCCAGAUUUUGACUGGAGAAACGUGUUUAAUAUGACAGACCAGAUUCUAACUCUGUUUAAUAAUUAUAUGGAGUGUUUGACUCUGGAUAAAUUUGAAGGUCUCUCAGAUGAGGAUCAGUUAACCCAUCGGGCACUUUAUCUGCUGGAGGAAAACAAGUUUUGGGCUGGAAUUGUGUUUGUGGAUUUGUAUCCCUGGACAAACAAGCUACCAGCACAUGUGAAGUAUAAGAUCCGAAUGGAUAUUGACGCAGUAGAGCGAACAAAUAAAAUAAAAGACAGAUAUUGGGAUCCAGGUCCAAGAGCUGACCCCAUCAACGACUUGCGGUACAUCUGGGGAGGGUUUGCAUAUCUGCAAGACAUGAUUGAUCAUGGCAUUAUCAAGACUCAAACCAACACUGAGGUGCCAUUAGGAACCUAUGUCCAGCAGAUGCCAUAUCCGUGCUUUGUUGAUGACCUCUUCAUGCUAACCCUAACCCGCUGCUUCCCCAUUUUUAUGGUGCUGGCCUGGAUCUACUCUGUCUCCAUGAUGGUGAAGAGCAUUGUGCUUGAGAAGGAGUUGAGGCUGAAAGAGACUAUGAAAACCAUGGGAGUCAGCAACUGGGUGCUUUGGGCCACAUGGUUCAUCGACAACUUCAUCAUAAUGACAAUUAGCACUCUGCUGUUAACUGUCGUUAUUAUGAAGGGAAGCGUGCUGCACUACAGCAACCCUGUCAUUCUCUUUGGGUUCCUGUUAGUCUUUACUGUGGCCACCAUAAUGCAAUGUUUCCUGCUAAGUGUAUUCUUCUCCAAGGCCAAUCUCGCAGCUGCGUGUAGUGGGAUCAUUUACUUUACGCUCUAUCUGCCGCACAUUCUUUGCUUUGCCUGGCAGGACCGCAUGACCCGAAAACUGAAAUUAUUAGCGAGUUUGUUGUCUCCAGUGGCAUUUGGCUUUGGCACUGAGUAUCUGUCUCGUUAUGAAGAACAGGGCCUUGGCCUGCAGUGGGGUAACAUUGCGAUCAGCCCUGUCGAGGGAGACAACUACAGUUUUCUGUCCUCUAUUAUCAUGUUGCUGGUUGAUGCCUUUGUAUAUGGCAUCCUUGCGUGUUAUCUAGAUGCCGUAUUUCCAGGUGAGUACGGAGUUCCAAGUCCAUGGUACUUCCCACUACAACCCUCUUUCUGGUUUGGUCCGGAAAAGCCACAAGUUACCACAGAAGUCAACAAAAACGAAACCAAGGAAAUAGAUAAAAAAGGCGAAGAAGAAGGGGAGAAGGCAGAUAAAUCCGCAGAUAAACCCGCAGAUAAACCAACAGACAAAGAGGGUGACAAACCAGCAGAAAAAACUAAUGUAAAAUUGGAAGAGAAAUCUGGAGAAAAAUCAGGAAAAGAGAUUGAUGACCCGAAGAAAAACGAAGAAAAGAGAGAAGACUUGAAGGCCUGCAAACGUAGCGAGAAGAAGGAACAGAAGGAGAAAGAAAAAUCGUCGACUGCAACCAACCCAGUAAUGGCAGCAAUGGCAGGAAAUCCUUUCUAUGAGCCGGAGCCCUCUGGUCUGACACUUGGAGUGUCUGUUCAGAACCUAGUGAAGGUUUUUCAAGAAGGGCACAGACCAGCUGUGGAUGGACUGAACAUUAACUUCUUCGAAGGACAGAUCACUUCCUUCUUGGGCCAUAACGGAGCUGGAAAAACUACUACAAUGUCAAUGCUGACUGGUUUGUUCCCACCUACAUCUGGUACUGCAUAUAUUAAUGGGAAGGAUAUCCGCACAGAAAUUGAUGCAAUUCGACAGAACAUAGGCAUGUGCCCACAGUACAAUGUCUUGUUUAACCAUCUAACAGUGGCAGAGCACAUCUUGUUUUAUACUCAACUCAAAGGACAGACAUUGGAAGAGGCACAGAAACAAAUGGAAGUAAUGCUGGAUGAAAUUGGACUGCCACACAAGAGAGAUGAAAUAGUCCAAAACUUGUCAGGUGGAAUGCAACGAAAACUGUCAGUAGCCAUUGCAUUUACUGGAGGAGCUAAAGUAAUUAUCUUGGAUGAACCGACCUCUGGAGUAGAUCCAUAUUCCAGGCGAUCCAUCUGGGACCUCCUGCUGAAAUACCGCCCAGGAAGAACCAUCAUCCUUUCCACACAUCACAUGGACGAAGCUGAUCUCCUUGGUGAUCGAAUUGCAAUUAUCUCUCAAGGAAAGCUGCAAUGCUGUGGCUCCUCCUUGUUUCUUAAGAACUGCUUUGGUUCUGGAUUCCAUCUUACUCUGGUGCGCAGAAUGAAGAAAGUCAAGCAUAAAAAUGAAGAUCAAGUGCGAACAUGUACGUGUGCUCCAGUCUGCACUUGCUCUUGCUCCAUCUGCAAUGAUACCAUUCCAGAGGAAGAACUAGAUGCUGAUGUGGAAGCAUUGACAGCUCUAAUCCAUCAUCACAUUCCUGAGGCCAAGCUGGUUGAAAAUGUUGGUCAAGAACUUUACUAUGUGCUGCCCAGUAAAGAUUUCAAACACAGAGCCUACGCCAGCCUGUUCAGAGAGAUAGAGGAAACGCUGCAAGAUUUAGGCCUCAGCAGCUUUGGUGUCUCUGAUACGUCACUGGAGGAGAUUUUCUUAAAGGCCACUGAAGAUCUUGAAAACGGUACAGGAUGCAAAGAAGCUUCACAGAGUGGCCAGGCCGAGGACGGACAAAACCAGACAAAACCAUCUUCUGAGGCAAAACCAAACAAUCAGCAGGGGGCAGAGCCUCAAGACACAGCUGCGGAACCACCAGAGGAUCCUCCAGGACCUGCAGACAACCAGCAACUGGUCUUGAAUGAGGGAAAAGGCACCCGGCAGAUCACCGGCACGGAACUUAUUAAACAGCAUUUUAAAGCUCUGUUUAUCAAGCGAUUCAAACGGGCUAUUCGCAGUCGGAAGGACUUCUUGGCACAGGUGGUCCUCCCGGCAAAUUUUGUACUAUUGGCUCUGAUCUUCACACUUAUCGUCCCUCCAUUUGGCGAAUAUAAAAGUUUAACACUUCACCCAUGGAUGUAUGGAAAACAAUACACCUUCUUCAGCAAUGAGCGUCCAUACAAUAAGAACCUCAAUCGUCUAAUUGACUUGUUGGUGAAUAAACCUGGAUUUGGAACUCGCUGCAUGAAAUCGAAUCCCUUGGAGAAUUACCCCUGUAGUAACCAGUCAAUGCAUUGGGAGAGUCCAGUUCCGAAUCCCAUUGUUGCCAAUGUUCUUCAAUCCCCAUUCUGGAGUGCUAUGAACCCCUCCCCAUCCUGUCAAUGUAGCACGAAAAAUAAGCUAAUUAUGCUCCCCAACUGUGCCCCAGGAGCAGGUGGGCUACCCCCACCACAGAGGAUCCAACCCACCACUGACAUCCUUCAGAAUCUCACCCAAAGAAACAUAUCGGACUUCUUAGUGAAAACGUAUCCUAAUCUAAUCAGGACCAGCAUGAAGAGCAAAUACUGGGUUAAUGAACAAAGGUAUGGUGGAAUAUCAGUGGGAGGAAAACUUCCAGUUUUGGAAGUUGACACUGAACAGAUUGAUGCUAUUUUCACUCAAAUGGGCCGAAUGCUCAACAUCACUGGGGGCAAUUACACGCAGGCAAUGUUUCGAGAUCUCAAGAAUUUCCUGAAGUACAUGGAGACUGAAGAAAAUAUUAAGGUGUGGUUCAACAAUAAAGGUUGGCAUGCCAUGGUUUCAUUCAUGAAUACUGCCAACAAUGCUAUUCUUCGAGCAAACCUACAAUCCAAGCUUGACCCAGAGGACUAUGGCAUAACCAUUAUAAACCAUCCACUGAACCUCACGAAAGAACAGCUUUCAGAAGUCACUGUGCUCACUACUUCUGUGGAUGCAGUGGUUGCAAUCUGUGUUAUCUUCGCCAUGUCAUUUGUCCCGGCGAGUUUUGUUCUGUACCUUAUUCAAGAAAGGGUUUCAAGUGCUAAGCACCUGCAGUUUGUCAGUGGAAUGAGCCCCACCACUUAUUGGGUGGCCAACUUCAUUUGGGAUAUGUGUAACUAUUCAGUGACAACAUUCUUGGUGGUCAUAAUCUUCAUUGGCUUCAAUAAAAAAGCUUACACCUCACCGACUAACUUGCCUGCUCUCGUCGCUUUGCUGUUCCUCUAUGGAUGGUCUGUAACUCCGAUGCUAUAUCCCGCAUCCUUUGUGUUCAAUGUUCCCAGCACUGCCUAUGUGGCCCUCUCCUGUAUUAAUCUUUUCAUUGGGAUCAAUGGCAGUGCAGCUACCUUUGUUCUUGAGCUGUUUGAAAAUAACAGGACUUUGCAAAAGAUCAAUGCAAUGUUGAAAAAUAUUCUGAUAAUAUUUCCACAUUUCUGCCUGGGAAGAGGUUUAAUUGAUAUGGCUAUGAAUCAAGCUGUGACUGAUGUAUAUGCUAGAUUUGGUGAAGAUUUUUAUUUCAAUCCUUUCCAUUGGGAGUUCCUUGGUAAGAACAUGGCUGCCAUGGCAAUUGAAGGAGUUGUGUACUUCAUGCUGAAUCUCCUUUUCCAAAACCAGUUCUUCCUCUCCUACUGGUCGACAACGCCAACCAACUUACCUGUUAUUGAAGAAGAUGAGGAUGUGUCCCUUGAGCGGGAGCGAAUUACUAAGGGUGUCAGUAAGAAUGACAUUCUGAAAAUAAAGGAACUCAGCAAGUAUUACGUGGGCAGAACAAGACCAGCUGUGAACAGACUCUGUAUAGGUGUUCGACCAGGAGAGUGCUUUGGACUAUUGGGGGUCAACGGUGCUGGAAAGACAACAACCUUCAAAAUGCUGACUGGUGACACAGAUCCCUCUUCAGGCGAUGCCUCAAUUGCAGGCUACAGUAUUCACACCAAUAUACACGAUGUGCACCAGAACAUGGGCUACUGUCCACAGUUUGAUGCUAUUGAUGAGCUGCUCACAGGCCGGGAACAUCUUUUGCUCUAUGCACGUCUGCGAGGUGUCCCAGAAGAUGAGAUUGAAAGGAUUGCUGAGUGGGGAAUUGAAAAGCUGGAUCUCACUGAAUACGCCGAUCAGACAACUGGCACGUACAGUGGGGGAAACAAGCGGAAACUCUCCACAGCCAUUGCACUCAUUGGCUCCCCCCCAGUCGUGUUGCUGGAUGAACCGACUACAGGAAUGGAUCCCAAGUCACGUCGAUUCCUCUGGAACUGUCUUCUUGGUGUUAUCCGAGAAGGCAGAGCUGUGGUAUUGACCUCACACAGCAUGGAAGAGUGUGAAGCCCUCUGCACACGGUUGGCCAUUAUGGUGAAUGGACAAUUCAAGUGUCUGGGUACCAUCCAACAUCUGAAGUACAAGUUUGGUGAUGGAUAUGUCGUCACAGUGAAGACUAAAGAGGUUAAGGCUGGAAUUGGACCUGACCUGAAUCCAGUGCAGGCGUUCAUUGAAGCCAACUUCCCCAACAGUUUGCAAAUAGAGAAGCAUCACAACACGAUACAAUAUCAGAUACCGUCAUCAUCACUAGCCAAAAUCUUCCACUUACUGAUCUCCAACAAAGAGCAGCUGAACAUAGAUGAAUACACUGUCUCACAAACAACUUUAGACCAGGUGUUUGUGAACUUUGCCAAAGAACAAGCACCUGAGGAUGAAAAUGUAUCUCUGCAUCCGCGAGCUGCAGGGGGCAGGCGGGAAAUAAAGAUAAGUCCAACUCCGGCAGAACCUGCCCAGCAAAGAAGCACAAGCGCCACCCCUCCCACCGCAGAGGCAAACAAGGAGAAAAAGUCUUGAGGAAGUGCCAACGACACAGUACUAACAAAUUGUACUGCGUAGACUGAACACCGAACAUCAUGACUGUAAUAUCAUUCCCCGAGGGUGGUUUCAGUAACAGAAACCUCAAACGUGAUAACUCCACAGUAUUGACUUCACUGCAAAUAACAGCAUCAGCACACCACGUAGCACAAGGUUUGCUAUGAUUCCAAACAGAAAACAGAAAUUGUCAUGCAGCCAAUCUGAGGAUAAUGCAUGUUUAUCUCUACUGUCACAGACUAAAAUAGCUAAUACAUUAUGCAUGGCUGUGGCCUUUUCUCGCAGCCAUAAGAUAGAUGCCCGCAAGAGGAAUUUAUUACAUUGCUGUGCAUUCCUCCUAACCAACAUCAUGCAUAUAGUAAUUAAUCCUUCCAAUACUGAAUGCUCUUUGCCUAUGUACAUUAUCAUAUAACAUCUUCAGAAGUGGUUUCCUGUAUACGGUUUAAUGUUGCAUCCUAUGAAAUAGAUUUAAAGAACUAUGUCAAUCUAGUCCCUCAUUUGUAGUAUUUUCUGAAUAAAAGAGGAUCUAAUUUGGGGUUUUCAGUAAACCGUUAUAAAUGGGUUCCUAUCAUGUAUGAUCUAAUAAUUGCAAUGGUAUCAGUGACACACAGUGGCAUUAACACUAAUACAUGUUGUUGCACACCCUCUGGACUAUGAAGAAGACCAUACUUAACACUGACCUGUCCUCAGCCACACAAACAAAAACUAAUCCGGGAUUUUCGUGACGUAAUGACACGUUUCAAGGUGAAGCCGAAUAACCUGAUUAGAUCUGCUAAAUGAAAUAUAUUUUAGUGGGCAUUUAUAAUUUUGCACAAAUAUCUCAGGUUCAAAAAAGAAAAUAUUCAGUAAGGUUUUAUUUCAACGAAAGAUUUGCUUUGAUCAACAGAUGUGGUUAACUUUAAUAAAGGUAAGGUUCUCUCCUCUUGUGAAUAUUCAAAUUAAUACUCUAGAUCCCCACUAAUAUGCGUACAUGCGCACACACACUUUUUAUAAAUUGAAUGAAUAAAACAUCUUUCACUUGAAAACUGCUUUGUGAGAAAGUAUGUGAAACAAUAAAAGCUGAUCUUACUGGAAAAAAA